CCCACGGCACCAGAAAAGAUUACAAAUCAAACAUGCAAAUAUAUAGCUAGAAAGUUCAAACCGCUAUGCGUACUUAUACUACAGAUUCACUUUGCCCCCAAACUUGACAUUGAAGAACUUUGAAGGUCUUGAUCUUGGAAAGAUGGACGAGGCCAAUGACUCUGGCUUGGCUUCAUAUGUUGCUGGUCAGAUUGACCGUACCUUAAGCUGGAAGGAUGUCCAGUGGCUCCAGACAAUCACCAAAAUGCCAAUUCUUGUCAAGGGUGUUCUUACAGGAGAGGAUGCAAGGAUAGCAGUUCAAGCAGGUGCAGCAGGGAUCAUUGUGUCAAACCAUGGAGCUCGUCAGCUUGACUAUGUCCCAGUAACAAUCUCAGCCCUUGAAGAGGUUGUCAAAGCGACACAAGGACGAAUCCCUGUCUUCUUGGAUGGUGGUGUUCGACGUGGCACUGAUGUCUUCAAGGCACUUGCACUUGGAGCCAGUAGCGGCCCUGGGAGGAAGCGGGGGAAGCAUCAGCUUCCGGCCUUCCAGAAAGUAAAUAAAAUAUCGGUCCUGUUCUUCCGUUAAAUGUUCAUUAGUUCAUUGGCAAAACAGGUGUAGCAUGUAAGUUACCUUUCAUGAGUUCAAACCUCCUUUCUACAUUCUUUUCCUUUAUUUUCUAUAAUUAUUUCGGCCCAAAUUAUUUUUAGAGCUUCCGGCCCAAAAUGUUUUUAUAAGUUUCCGGGCCGGGCCUGCUUGGAGCCUCAGGGAUAUUUAUUGGAAGACCAGUGGUAUUCUCACUGGCUGCUGAAGGAGAGGCUGGAGUCAGAAAGGUGCUUCAAAUGCUACGCGAUGAGUUUGAGCUGACAAUAUGGCACUAAGUGGCUGCAGGACUCUCAGUGAAAUCACCCGUAACCACAUUACCAGCGAAUGGGACACCCCACGUCCUUUGGCCAGGUUAUAGAGAGACCAAAACAGCCAGAGAAGACCAAUAACACAGAACAUGUAAUGAAUAAAGUUUCUCAUAUUCUGAAGUGGUCACUUGGCUUUCUACUUUGCUACCUAUUCAAAGACUUGUUUCUCCCUAUGUCCAAUCACAAACCAUCCCAAGAGAUUCUGUAAUAUUAUUUUGCUUCUUUUACC